GGCCCCUGACAUUUUGAUAAAUGCAAGUUGCUGGGCCUGAAAAAACAUUUAGUUUUUUUGAGGAUGGAAGAGCUACCGAAUUAAUAUUACGGACUCGAUCCCGAGGAAUGAAUUCCUUAACUAAGAAUCCAAGUGGCCACAAUGGUUUGUUUAACAAAGUUUUCAUGAUUUUAGUCGGAACUAACACUUUGAAAGACGAGGUAACUCUAGGUUGAGUUGGAGCCAGUUUGAAAAUAUUUACACUCUUCAAAUUGACAGAUGGCACUUUUAUAGCCAGACAACUUUUCAUGUUGUCCGCAGAGAUGACAGAUGCAAGUCAUGACACGAAUAUUGCCUUUCAUAGCUUGCCCAGCAUGGUGACUAGCAGACAUCCCGUAAGAGCCAGUGGCAGAGGCGAAAUUGUUAAUUUUAUUAAUAUUUUUUGGGUAUGUACACAGAGUAGUCUGAAUGGCACCACUGGGAGGAGACACCCUUGCCACUUCAGUACAGCUAGAACGAGGAGAGCUUUAUAACUUAUUUGGAGCUUUUUUAUUAGCAGCCAACUCGACGAUAGCGGAAACGAUAACCUUCUUCGUAGACAAGGAUGGAGCACUUAUAUGAAUCGGCGAAUCAGAUUUAGGCAAAGGCGCAGGUGAAAUAGCACACCUUACACUACGAGUAGGUCUUGUACAGGCUGGGGGAGAAGUAAAAAUGAAAGUGAUUUGUAUGCUGUUGAUGUUAUUCUUUGCCUUCGGUUCAUGUCAAUUUGGAGAUUUUGGAAAGUCUCUUCAAGACGGCAUCGAUAAUAUCGGUAAAACAAUUCAAGAAGGGUACGACGAAGUUGUUAAUCAAUUGGAAAAAGUUCCUUUCGUUCAGGACGUGAAAGAUUUUUAUGAUUUUGCAAAACAAACUGGAAAAAGCUAUGCUACAACUGCUGAGCGUACCCUACGCGAAGGUAUUUUUAAUGCACGUAAAGCUUUAGUGGAGGCUGAAAAUCAGUUGCAUGCUGGUUAUGAAUUGGCUUUAAAUGCUUUUGCUGAUCUCACUAAGGAAGAGUUUUUAUCCCAACUUACCGGCAAUCAUAAAUCGUCUCAAGCAGAAGCCAAAGUCAAAAAUCGUCGUUUAGCUUUAAAACUAAACACUACAGCGAAAAUUCCUGAUUCUUUCGAUUGGCGUGAGCACGGUGGAGUUACUCCGGUUAAAUUUCAAGGCAAAUGUGGAUCUUGUUGGGCUUUUGCCGUAACUGGAGCUCUUGAAAGUCAUUCGUUCCGAAAAUCGGGAAAGUUGAUUCAUCUAAGCGAACAAAAUUUGGUAGAUUGUGGUGAAAAAGCCUACGGCUUAAAUGGUUGUGAUGGCGGUUAUCAAGAAUACGGUUUUGAGUUUAUUUCUCGACAAAAGGGUUUGGCUCAUGGAGCGAAAUAUCCUUAUGUUGAUAAAAAGAACACUUGCUCGUAUAGGAAAGCAUUUAAAGCGGCUGAAUUGCAAGGUUUUUCAAUUAUUUCGCCAAAUGAUGAAGAAACUAUGAAGAAAGUCGUUGCGACGUUGGGACCAUUAGCAUGCUCUAUGAAUGCUUUGGAGACUUUGCUUUUGUAUAAGAAGGGUAUUUAUGCGGACGAAGAGUGUAAUAAAGACGAACCGAAUCAUUCAGUCUUAGUCGUGGGUUAUGGAACUGAAGAUGGUCAGGAUUAUUGGAUUGUGAAGAACUCGUGGGAUAAGGUCUGGGGUGAAGAGGGCUAUUUCCGUUUGCCGCGCGGCAAGAAUUUCUGCAAAAUUGCUUCCGAAUGCAGCUAUCCUGUCCUGUAAAAUUUUCAUGUGAUUUUUAAUAAAUGUAAAGCACACUGUUACAGAUUGCAGCAAUAAUAAUAAGUGUAUUAUAUAUUCCUGACUUUUAAAUUUAUAUAUAUGUACAUAUGAACAAACAAACAUAUUAACAAAUUUAAUUUAAGUUAAUACUAAUUAAGAUUUAUAUACGCAGCAAAAACCAAUACUGGUAAGAGUAACGUC